UGACCGUUGCCUCAACGUUAAAAAACAACAAAAUAUUUGAAAAAGUUGAGCUCCUUUUGCCCCUCCCUCCUACUUACCGUUGCCAACGGCAACUCACUAACCCUACCCCUCUCUCCUUCAUCACCACACCAGCCAUGCAAACCUUCAAAGAAAUUCAACUCAAAAUCUAACUCACUUUCCCAACCAACCCAAAAUCCCUCAUUUUCUUUCCUGCAUAUUUCUUGAUUUUCGGUUCUUGAUUCUUGAUCGAACGGCUUAUAUUGGGUUUUGUAAUUCUUGAAUUUGCAGCUAUAAUUCAAGAACGAUUUGGGGAGUUUUCUCUCGUUUCUUGAUUAAACCAAAUAUUCAGGUCCUUGACUUCUUUAUAAGCCAUGGCGGCACUGGCACCUGGAAUUUUGUUGAAGCUUCUAAAUGGGAUGAACACAGGGACAAAACCCACAAGUGAACACCGGAGUUCACUUCUACAGGUGACUGAUAUUGUACCAGCUGAUCUUGACGAGAAAAAUCUCUGGCCUAAACAUGGAUUCUACAUUAAAGUCUCUGAUUCUUCUCAUUCAAUCUACGUUAGUCUUCCUUCUGAGCAACAUGAUUUUGUUCUUAGUGACAAAAUGCAGCUAGGCCAAUUCAUCUACGUGGACAAACUAGAGCCAGGGUCACCAGUUCCGGUUGUUAAAGGCGCAAAACCACUCCCUGGGAGACACCCUUUUAUCGGUACACCGGAGCCGUUAAUGGGUCUGAGAGAAAAGGGAGAGAAAGCUGAGCAAAGCCUUAAUUUGAGAGGUUCAAUUCACAGAAGAGGCUCUUGGGGAAUUGGAGGGGAAAAUGGGGUUUCGUCUCCGAUGAUUAUAAAGCCAGUUCCUCUAGACUUUGAACAAUGCACGCCGGUUAAAGAACGGAUAAGCUUUGGAAAAUCAGCUUCUCCGAUGAUUAGAGGGCGAAGUGCCAGUGCAGGAAUUAGGUGCUCAUUUGGCGGUGGUUUACUGCAUAAAAUGGGUGAUGGAAAAGCAGAGAGCCCUGCAGCAUUACUUAGAAAAAGCUGUGUUAUGGCAACUUCUGCAUCAAAAUUUCCGAGAAGCAAAAGUGUGUGUGAACGUGAAGCUAGAAUCCCAAUUAGUCCCUUCAACUCAUCUGAAAAGAAAGGUUCAACUCCACCGCCAAGUAUGAGGAGUGGAAGGGUUGUAGCUUGCCUCAAAAUGGGCGGCGGAGAUUCGCUGAAUUCCAACUCAAACCCUGCACCAGAAUUCCAGUCUCAGUCUGGUAAUACAGCUUCAGAUGAUAGCACCAGUUUGCCCUUCAGUUUGCCGGGAAAAUUGAGCAUACUUGGCAAGGAAGCUGUGCAACAGAGAGAAACAGCUCAGAAAAUAGCCCUUCAGGCACUAAGAGAAGCUCAAGCUACAGAAUCUUUAGUUCGAUCUCUCAAAAUGUUUUCAAAUUUGAGCAAGUCAGCUAGACCAGAUGCUCCAGCAACCUGUUUCGACAAGUUCCUAGAAUUCCAUAAUCAAAUUGUGCAAGCUGUUACUGAUGUGGUCUCAAUACAAGCAGCUACAACUUCAGCUUCUGAGAUUGCACAGAAUCUGAAGCUCGAACAACAAGAUAACAAAAAGCUUCAGCCUGAAGAGGAAUUUCCCAUCUUACACGAAAUCAUACACAACUCUAUGGAGAAUCAAGCCAAGAAUUCAGAACUAAGUUCGUCGAAAAGAAGAACAGCUUUAUACAAAUCAAUUGCUACAUUUCCUGAAAGGUGUGAACAACAGAAGGCAAAUUUCGGAAAGCUCCUACGGUCAAGUACUACUAUGCAAAAGGCGGAGCGAAAAGGUUCAUCUACGCCGCUUGGAAAAUUUCCGCUUGAGGCAAUCAAUGAGAAUGAUGAAAACAAGAAACCUGCAGGAAAUUGCAGUUUAAGCAAUACAAUAAGAUUGGGGAAACAGAUUGAAAGUGAAGCAGGAAAUUGGUUUAUGGAGUUUAUAGAAAAGGCAUUGGAAAAUGGCAUGAAGAAUAAAGCCAAAGCAGUAAAAAAUGGAGAUGGUGAUGCUAAGAAAGUUCCCCAGUCUCUAAUCCUGAAAGUAAUGAACUGGGUUGAAGUAGAACAAUGUGACAGCAGUAAACGGCCAGUUCAUCCUAAGGCGGCGCAGAUAGCGCGAAAACUGAGAAUUAAAAUGAAGAAUCCUUGAAAAAAAGAAGAAAUAUAUUUGCAACUUGCUUAAGCCAUUGUUUUGUGGAAAUUAUUUGCUGAACUUGACAUUAUUUGCACGUAUAAAGAAGUAGAAUUGCUGCAUUAUUUAUUGAUUCACAAAUGUAUUUUCUUGCAUCAAAUUUCUGCUAUAAAAACAAUGUCUGAUUGGGUUCCU